UCCUGCUGUUGCUAUUUUCGAUCGGGGAGCCUGGUCGCGCUAACUCGAUCGCGGCUUAGAGCCGACCUUGCCCGGAAUUGCAUCCAGCGGAUACCGUCCCGUCCUGUAUCCAUACGAAACACAAUUACAUGUCCCUUACCGUUAUCAUACGAAACCAACUGAACUUUCAUACUUCCUAAUCCACCAACUGCUCGACAACCCAUUUCGGAAACAUCCACCGUGGGCACAGAGGGCACUACUAUAUUACCACCUUGUCCCCUGUUUACUGGCUUGGUCUAUCGUCUCAAUCGCAUAAGAUCAUCGUCAAUCUUAACCUCCUUGACAUUCAUCCCUCCAGUCCUUGUGAAUCUAUACAAACACCCCUUCUACUUUAUCCACUAUACAGAUCCUCACACUCUACACUGCCUAUUUAUCGCAUUCUUCAUAGCUUCAAAGACAGUGCAAUGGCUCCUCGACCUGCGCUCUAUCCGCUCAAGACACCCAAAGGAGUAUCUUUCCCUUCUGAACUUCAAGAUGACCAGCCUUACGGGUCAGACACCAGUCAACAAGACGCAGACAAUGGGCCUUCCGUACUACCACCCCGGGCAUACACAGAGUUUCUUCGGGCAUUAAGCCCUGUAUAUGCAGGACCAGAAGGCCUCAAUGCGAGUUAUACAAGAUGGGUCAUGAGCAAGACUCUGCCCUCUCCUAUAUCGUUGCCUUCGACCGCCAGCACCUCGUCUUUUCCCGGAAACAUUGAGACGAAGACGAGCCCAACUUCUAUUCCGCCAUCGCCAGUCGCUUCCUCUCGACCUGUGAGGAGCUCCAGCACCUUACGACGUCUUCGUCCGUUGUCAACUUAUCCAUACUCCCCCAUUACUGCCGAGUCCCCUCAGAGUCCGUUCACCGUACGAACUCCAUAUUCCCCUGCAGACCGGAGGACAAUGAGCAUCGACACAACAAAUGCAGGCUGCGGGAAGACUGUUACUAUCCAACAUAUUGUCACACGUACGGUCACUUUGAAGCGCACGCCUCCGCUCGAGGCGCCACCCAAAGGCAAAAGGCGGAGAACCAGCGACUCUGAAGAGCGGUAAACCUGCUUUGCUACAUUCACGAUCAUAUUUCGACAGAUCGAUGCCACCUUUUACGCUUCGGAGUUCCUGAAUGAUUG